ACUUCAGUUAUAAGUAACGCAUGUGCAAGUUCUGUUCAAGCUACAUUUUGCUCGCUUUUAUUAGACAACGAAGCUUUAACACCGAAAGCUGCCACUAUUAGAAGUACUGACUUGUUGUGUGGAGGCUACCCAUGCUGUAAACGCAGUGCUAGAGCAUCCAGAGAGUCGUCAAUGUCAUCUCUGAAGGGCUACAAUACUCUUGACUGUCAGAUACUCAACAAAGACAACCAGCCACUAGAGCCUGACUAUCUCAAAAGAUAUUGUUGCGUGUAUUGUCAUUACAUACUGAGGCAAGCCCUGCAGAUUGAAUGUGGGGACAGAAUCUGUAAAGGUUGCAUUCCCUUGAGGUUAUUCAACUGUCCUUUGUGUGGGGAUGAGAUUGAUCCUGAGAAGCCCAACCAGUUUUUUAGUGACAGAAGUUGUCAGAAAGAUGUUCUAGGCUUCACUGUCCUUUGCAAAUGUCAAGAAAAGUUCAAGAUUGGGGAAUGGGAGUUGCACAGCGAAAUUUGUGAGGAGAUACAGAAAGUGACACCUAAACCUGCAGUAGCAAAUGUCCUGCCUCAAGAUGUAGCUCAACUCGAAAAUGGAUUGAAGCAAACACAAACUGAACUGUCGGAGCAAAAGAAACAGGUUAAUAGGUGCACCAAAAAGCUUGAAUCGUUAGAGAAAGAAGUGCGCCAGCUCAGACUGUUGACUGACGAGGUACGAAGGGGUGUGGCAGCUUAUGGGAUUGCCCCCAGUCCAGGAAGCUCUUCAAGAACAGCAGCUGAUGGAGAGCCUGCCGUGAACUCCCGAGUACUGGACCAAAUUCGAGAGACAGUCACGCAACUUGUGUCAGACAUCGAACAACAAAAGGGCACCUUAAGACAGCUAAAUACAUCAGUUGAUCACUUCACACAGACUUUCCCACGAAUGGAGACAGUUUUAGAAGAGUUGAAUCUUAAAAUCGAAAUCCUUGAAGUUAAGUCAACAAGUGGCGUGUACAUAUGGAAAGUGAACGACCUGGCAAGAAGAGCGCGAGAGGCAAGGAUUGGUCGAACGGUGUCACUCUACAGCCCUCCGUUCUAUACUAGUCCACAUGGAUAUCGUCUUUGCCUCAGGGCAUAUCUCUUUGGGGAUGGUUCGGGGAAAGGUACCCAUAUAUCACUUUUUAUCGUUGUGAUGAAAUCUGAGUACGAUGAUUUGCUUGCGUGGCCAUUUCAACACAAAGUCACACUUACUCUAAUCAAUCAGGAUCAUCCGUUGACCCCUGAACGAUCAACCACACACCGAUUUAUUCCAAAUGCUGAUAGCUCAAGUUUCAAGAAGCCUGUCGACACAUUUAAUGUUGCUUCUGGUUUCCCCGAAUUUGCUCCUCUCUCUGUUAUUACUGAUCAAGCAUUUUGUCACAACGAUACUCUGUACUUUAGAAUUAAGCUGGAAACCCCUGAAGCUGUUACUGGUCCAGAUGAGCUGAAAGACUAAUUCUACUAUAAUUUAUAUAGCUGCAGUACUGUGCAAUAGAACAUUUUGGUUUAUUUAGUUGCAGGACAUAUAAUUGUUGUGUUAUUUGCACUCAAGUUUACGAUUAGAUAAUUGUUGUGUUAUUUGCACUCAAGUUUACGAUUUAUAGAUUAUUAAUGUAAUUCCCAA